AUGGACCCAGUAAAUGACUCUGUGGUGACUGAAUUUGUAUUACUGGGACUUGCACACUCCCUGGCAAUGCAGUUUUUCCUUUUUCUCCUCUUCUCUUUAUUCUAUCUGGGAAUUAUCCUUGGAAAUCUCUUCAUUGUAUUCACAGUGAUUUUUGAUCCUCAUUUACACUCCCCCAUGUAUUUUCUACUGGCCAACCUAUCACUCAUUGACUUGGGUCUUUCAUCUACCACAGUUCCUAGGAUGAUCUCUGAUAUUUUCACUGAUUGUAAAGUCAUUUCCUUCCACAAUUGCAUGAUACAAAUGUUCUUCAUCCAUGUUAUGGGAGGAGUUGAGAUGGCACUGCUGAUAGCCAUGGCAUAUGACAGGUACACAGCAAUCUGCAAGCCUCUCCGCUAUCUAACUAUCAUGAAUUCCAAAAUGUGCAUGCUCUUGGUAAUAGCCGCUUGGGUCAUUGGGGUGAUUCACGCUGUGUCUCAGUUUGUUUUUGUUAUAAAUUUACCUUUCUGUGGCCCUAAUAAUGUGGAGAGCUUUUAUUGUGAUUUUCCUCGGGUUAUUAAACUUGCAUGCAUGGACACUUACAGACUAGAAUUUGUAGUCACUGCCAACAGUGGCUUCAUAUCCAUGGGCACCUUCUUUUUUUUAAUUGUGUCGUAUAUCUUUAUUCUCCUCACUGUCCGACAACAUUCUUCAAAUGAUUUAUCCAAAGCAUUCUUCACGUUGUCAGCUCACAUCACUGUAGUGGUUUUGUUUUUCGCUCCAUGCAUGUUUCUCUAUGUGUGGCCUUUCCCUGCUAAGUCACUGGAUAAGUUUUUUGCCAUUGUGGAUUUUGUUAUUACCCCGGUCUUAAAUCCUGCCAUCUAUACUUUAAGGAACAAAGAUAUGAAGGUGGCAAUGAGAAGGCUGAGUCGACAGGUUGUAAGUUCUAGGGAGAUAACCUAA